UAUCUCGUCCGCACAUCUAAUACCCUCUUUCGUUUUACGAACAAACACAGCACAUUCAAAAUGAAGAUUGCCGCCAUCGCCGCUCUUGCCGCCGUCGCCGCCGCCGCCGUCGACCCGUUCGCCGCCAUCUCUGAGCACUGGGAUCAGCUGACCAGCCUUAUUGAGGAGGACCUGCCCAUUCUCCAGGUAGCCGACGCGAAGCUGUACGCCGCUGCUACCUCGAUCAUCGGCGGCACCAAGAUCACCCAGGCCUUCAACACGGAUCUCGUCCAGCAGGCUGGCAUCACCGGCGUCACCGCCGAUGGCAAGCCCCUGCCCACUGGUGACUCCAAGCCCACCGCCGCCGAGUCGAGCCCCGAGCCCACCGCCGCCCAGUCCUCGUCGGCUGAGGAUAAGCCGUCGGCCGCCCCCACUUCCGCCCCGUCCUCGUCGGCUGAGGACAAGCCGUCGGCUGCCCCCACCUCGGCUCCCAAGCCGUCCGCUUCUCACACCUCGGAGCUCGGCUCUGAGGCUGAUGAGGAGUCCGCUGCUUCGGGUGCCAAGCCGUCGACUGCCCCCAAGUCCUCGUCGGGUGCUGACAAGUCGGGUGCUGACAAGUCGUCGGCUACUGACAAGAAGACCGAGAGCAACGGCGCCGCCAAGGUCCUGGCUGGCUCGUUCGGUGCCGCCAUUGUUGCCGCCGCUGCCUUCUUCUAAGCCCGCAUGAGUCUUAUUUCCUAAUUUGCGUUUGUUUCCACCUGAUAUCCGAUAAACCUUACAAAAAACA